AGCUAUACAGAGCAUUUGUAUUUUAGAUCGGGGUGAACCCCCAUGGUAUCUCUGCAUAAAAAGGCGCAAUGGUAUUUUAUUUUUAACAUAAUGAAUGUAAAUGACCCUUCAUGUUUAGCAGCCUUAGCCCUUACAUUUGAUAUAGGUGUGACUAGAGGUAUAUAUAUUCCUGAUAAAAUGGCGUAAUCCCUCUUUUAAUAUUAAAGGAGAAUCGCUUCCCAUUGAGCUUCAUUUGAUAAACGGUUUCUUGUUUAAUGUUAAAUAAAUGAGUUUGUGUCAUACUGGGGCGUCAGUGUUAUAAUAAUCGAGAUGAAAGGUAAAUACAGCUGGCAGGAGUUGUUUCCUUGGCAUGGAGGUUACUUAUGAAAGGAGGGUACAGAGUUUGCUUUGGGGAGGGAAAGGCAUUCUGGUGCAAAGAGGGGAAGUCCCAAUAAGAGGAAGAGGGGGGAGGCCAUGAAUCUGAUAAAUGUUAGUGUAACCGCUCCCUGGGCAUUCACAGUCCCGUUGCUGAGCACCUAAGAGCAGCCUAGUGGGUGACACCCUGAAGACUUUCUGCCCAGUAUGGCACAGCAGACUCAUCCCAUCUUGACUACGGGAGCCGGAAUCCCCACUGGGGACAAGCUCAAUGUUCUGACGGCCGGCCCCCGGGGGCCAAUGCUGAUGCAGGAUGUGGUGUUCACCGAAGAGAUGGCGCAUUUUGACCGGGAGAGGAUACCGGAAAGAGUUGUACAUGCAAAAGGAGCAGGGGCGUUCGGCUAUUUCGAGGUGACGCACGACAUCACAAAGUACUGCAGGGCCAAGGUGUUUGAAAAAGUUGGGAAAAGGACGGACGUUGCAGUGAGAUUUUCCACAGUUGCUGGGGAAGCAGGAUCAGCAGAUACUAUCCGUGACCCGCGGGGUUUUGCAGUAAAAUUCUACACGGAAGAAGGAAUCUGGGACCUGGUUGGAAACAGCACCCCCAUUUUCUUCAUCAGAGAUCCCAUAUUGUUUCCAUCAUUCAUUCACAGUCAGAAGAGAAAUCCACAGACUCACCUGAAGGAUCCAGAUACAGUCUGGGAUUUCUGGAGCCUGCGUCCCGAGACUUUGCACCAGGUUACUUUCCUGUUCAGCGACCGGGGAAUUCCAGAUGGACAUAGACAUAUGAACGGUUAUGGGUCUCACACCUUCAAGCUUGUGGAUACGGAAGGAAAGGCAGUUUACUGCAAGUUUCAUUAUAAGACGGAUCAAGGGAUUAAGAACCUUUCAGUGGAAGAAGCAGACAGGCUGGUGGUGAGUGACCCAGAUUACGGCAUCAGAGACCUAUUCCAGGCUAUCGCCAAGAAGAACUUCCCAUCUUGGACCAUGUACAUCCAGGUCAUGACCUUCAAGGAAGCAGAGAAAUGUCCUUUCAAUCCUUUUGACCUCACAAAAGUCUGGUCACACAGAGAUUACCCACUCAUCCCCGUCGGCAAACUGGUGCUGAACAGGAACCCAGAGAACUACUUUGCAGAGGUGGAACAAGUCGCCUUUGAUCCAAGCAACAUGCCCCCAGGGAUUGAAGCCAGUCCGGAUAAAAUGUUGCAGGGUCGCCUGUUCUCAUACCCGGAUACUCAUCGGUAUCGAUUGGGACCAAAUUAUUUGCACAUUCCUGUCAACUGUCCUCGGGGAGUGAAAGUGGCUCAUUACCAGCGGGACGGGCCCAUGUGCAUGUUUAAUACCCCCAGCCAUAUGCCGAAUUACUAUCCAAACAGCUUCAAUUCUCCUCGGGAUGAUCCAAAGUGCAAAGACUCCACAUUCGUGGCCUCAGGAGAUGUGGAUCGACAUGACUGCUGUGAUGAGGACAAUGUGUCCCAGGUGAGAUCAUUCUACACCCAGACUCUGACUGAGGAAGAGCGACAGCGACUGUGUGAGAACCUCGCCCGACACUUGAGUGAAGCUCAGAUCUUCAUCCAAGAAAGAGCUGUUAAAAAUUUCAGUGACGUUCAUCCAGAUUAUGGCGCCCGGAUAAAGGCCUUGCUGGAUAAAUUGAAUGCUGAAGGUGGAAAGAAGGAGCCGUUGCACAACUACAACCGUUAUGAAGCCGCCCAGGUGUAGCGGUGACCACAGUGACCUUGUGCAGAACCAAUAGUGAGCCAUCCAAACGGAGGGGAAAUUCCUCCAAAGAACUUAUAUUUGUAUAUUUCUUAUUGUUUCACCAGUUCCAGUAAAUGGAUGUAAAGCUCAA